GGAGCGCCCAGCCCCGCGGCGGAUCAUGGUGCAGCAGGCGGAGAGCUUGGAGGCGGAGAGCAACCUGCCCCGGGAGGCGCUGGACACGGAGGAGGGCGAAUUCAUGGCGUGCAGCCCGGCGGCCCUGGACGAGAGCGACCCGGACUGGUGCAAGACGGCGUCGGGCCACAUCAAGCGGCCGAUGAACGCGUUCAUGGUGUGGUCCAAGAUCGAGCGGCGCAAGAUCAUGGAGCAGUCCCCCGACAUGCACAACGCCGAGAUCUCCAAGCGCCUGGGCAAGCGCUGGAAGAUGCUCAAGGACAGCGAGAAGAUCCCGUUCAUCCGCGAGGCCGAGCGGCUGCGCCUCAAGCACAUGGCCGACUACCCCGACUACAAGUACCGGCCGCGGAAAAAGCCCAAGAUGGACCCCGCGGCCAAGCCCAGCGCCGGCCAGAGCCCCGAGAAGAGCGCGGCGGGCGGCGCCAAGGCCGCCAAGGGCUCCGGCAAGAAGUGCGGCAAGCCCAAGGCGCCCGCGGGCCCCGGCGCCAAGGCGGGCGCGGGCAAGGCGGCGCCGUGCGGGGACCUGGGCGCGGGCGACGACUACGUGCUCGGCGGCCUGCGCGCGGGCGGCGCGGCCAAGACGGUCAAGUGCGUGUUCCUGGACGAGGAGGAGGACGAGGACGAGGACGGCGACGAGCUGCCGCUGCGGAUCAAGCAGGAGCCGGACGAGGACGAGGACGAGCCGCCGCACCCGCCGCUCCUGCCGCCGCCGGGCCCGCAGGCGCCGCCGCCGCUGCUGAGACGCUACAACGUCGCCAAAGUGCCCGCCAGCCCCACGCUGAGCAGCGCGGCCGAGUCCCCCGAGGGCGCCAGCCUGUACGACGAGGUGCGGGCCGGCGCCCCCGCGGGCCCGGGGGGCGGCAGCCGCCUCUACUACAGCUUCAAGAACAUCACCAAGCAGCACCCGCCGCCGCUGGCGCAGCCCGCGCUCUCGCCCGCGUCCUCGCGCUCCGUCUCCACGUCCUCGGCCUCCUCGGGCGGCAGCGGCGGCGAGGACGCCGACGACCUGAUGUUCGACCUGAGCUUGAAUUUCUCCCAGAGCGCGCACGGCGCCGGCGAGCAGCAGCUGGGCGGCGGCGCGGCCGGGAACCUGUCCCUGUCGCUGGUGGAUAAGGAUUUGGAUUCGUUCAGCGAGGGCAGCCUGGGCUCCCACUUCGAGUUCCCCGACUACUGCACGCCCGAGCUCAGCGAGAUGAUCGCGGGGGACUGGCUGGAGGCCAACUUCUCCGACCUGGUGUUCACGUAUUGAGCGCGCCCGGCGCCGGCCCCGGGCCCCGCGGGCACCCCGCCGGGGUCCUGCGUGGGGAGGGCGGC